UUGGACACUAUUUGCUUUUGAUAAAUAAUCAGAUUAUUGGUCAAAUAGUUCCAGAGAGUUGCUUAUCAUAGUUCCGUAGCAAGAACUUGAUGUGUCAGCCUGCACGAUAGCAAUUCCUUCGAGUAGUACCCACUGUGUAGGCUACUACUGCUAACUGAUACAUUUGCCAAAGAGCUAUGGAGGAAACACAUAUAUGAAGACAGACAACAAGAAAUUGAACUGGAUUGGUUCGUUGGCAAACAUGAAUCUUGGACCAGAUUUGGAUUAUGUCUGUGAGAUGACUGAAGAUAAAACACACCAGGUUGACUGUAUAGAAGAUAUAAAAGAGGAGGACUACGGCCAUAUGAUUGCAUAUCAAGAUGAAGAUGAAAAGCCUUUUGCAGAGCUUGACUGUACAACUGGAACAGACUUUGCAAAGUCCAACACACUACCGACCACAGCGGAGAUUGAAGUGGAGAUUGAAGAGGAUGAGCACAAUGAUCUGCUGGAAAGUGUAUCAGAACACCCCCAUAUUACGCAUCAGAAGAUCCAUGGACUGAAUGAUGAACUCAACCUGCAUCAUAAAGGAAGUCUCUACCACUGCACAGUCUGCAGGAAGAGCUUCAUAGCCCUGAGAGAACUUGAGAAACACCUGCAGACACACACUGUUGAUAUGGCUGAAAAGCAGAGCACUGUUGACUUGAAUCUAAAGCAGAACACUGUUGACUUGAAUCUACAGAAGAACUCUGCCAAAAGGCCUCAUGAAUGUGCGGAGUGUGAAAAGUCGUUCACAACACGAACACAUCUUCAAAUCCAUAUGAGAACGCACACUGGAGAGAAGCCUUAUAAGUGUGCCCAGUGUGGAAAAGCGUUUGCCGUAAAUGCAACUCUUAAAAGCCACAUGCUAAUACACACUGGAGAGAAGCCUCAUCAAUGUACCCAGUGUGGAAAAGCAUUCAUAAAGUCCUCAGACCUUAAACGGCACACGCUUACCCACAAUAGACAGAAGCCCCAUAUCUGUGUCCAGUGCGGAAAAGGUUUUUCACAGAUUUCAGAUCUUAAAGGCCACAUGCUAAUUGUUCCUGAUUGUUCCAAAUCCAUUGUGACGUCAUAUAUUGCAGAGAAGCCUCAAGAAUAUUCCAACAAUCACAAUGUGACAACUGUGAAGAAAGAAGAAGUUGAGCAAGAGCAUGAUUAUCGGCUGGAAAGUACACCAGAAGACCAAACUUUAACACAACUGGAGAUCCAUGGACGGAAUGAUGAACUCGACCUGCAACAUAAUGGAAGUCUCUACCACUGCCCAGUCUGCAGGGAGAGUUUCACCACAAUGGGUGAAAUCGAGACACACCAGCUAACACACACUGUUGACUUGAAUCUAAAGAAGAACGCUGUCAAAAGGCCUCAUGAAUGUCCAGAAUGUGACAAAACAUUUACGUCUCAAACAUGUCUUGAUGAACAUAUGAGAAUGCACACUGUAGAGAAGCCUCAUAAAUGUGCCCAGUGUGGAAAAGGUUUUUCACAAAUUUCACAUCUUAAAAGCCACAUGUUAAUACACACUGGAGAGAAGCCUCAUAAAUGUGCCCAGUGUGGAAAAGGUUUUUCACAAAUUUCACAUCUUAAAAGCCACAUGCUAAUACACACUGGAGAGAAGCCUCAUAAAUGUGUCCAGUGUGGAAAAGGUUUUUCACAAAGGACAAGUCUUAAAAACCACAUGCUAAUUCACACUGGUGCAACGCCUCAUCAAUGUACCCAGUGUAAAAAAGCUUUUAAAAGGUCCUCAGAUCUUAAGCGCCACAUGCUUUCACACACUAGAGAAAAGCAGAAGCAAAAUACUAACAAACACACUCAUUCGUGCAUCCAAUGCGGAAAAAGCUUUUUAUACAUGUCUUAUCUUAAAAUCCACAGUCUAAUUCAUACGGGAGAGAAGCCCCAUAUCUGUGCCCAGUGCGGAAAAUGUUUUUCACAAACCUCACAUCUUAGACCCCACAUGCUAAUACACACUGGAGAGAAGCCUCAUAAAUGUGUCCAGUGUGGAAAAGCAUUUAAAACAUCCUCAGAGCUUAGACGACACAUGAUAAAACACAGAGAGUCGCCUCCUGAAUCUGCUCAGUGCCGAAAUGCGUCUACUCAAUUCUCCAGAGUUAAAAAGCUCAGGAUAGUGGAUACGGGCGAGAAGUCUUACCUGUGUGCUCAGUGCGGAAAAGGUUUUCAAGGGUCCACAGAUUUUAAACGCCACAUGCAAACUCACACUGGAGAGAAGCCGCAUCAAUGUGCAGAGUGCGGAAAAUGUUUUUCACGAAUUUCAAAUCUUAGAAUCCACGUGCUAACACACACCGGAGAGAAGCCUCAUGUAUGUGUCCAGUGUGGAGAAUCAUUUAAAACACCCCCAGAUCUUAAAUGGCACAUGCUUACUCACGCUGGAGAGCAGCCAAACAGAUGUGACCAGUGUGGACAAGCCUUUAGGCGGCCGUCAGAUCUUAAGCGCCACAUGUUGAGAAGCCUCUCAACUGUAUGCAGUGCAGAAAAGGUUUUUCACAAAUCUCAACUCUUCUCAUCUGCUAAGACACACCGAAGAAAAGCCUCACAACUGUGUCCAGUGCGGAAAAGCCUUUAGACGGCCUUCGGAGGUCAAAAAACACAUUGCUGACGCACGCUAGACAAAAGCGCAAACUGAACACUAACAAAGGCAUUUAAGUAUGUGUCCAGUGCAGAAAACCUUUUUUAAAAAUGUCAUAUCUUAAAACCCACCCAUACGGAAAAGAUAUAGAAAAAACUUAUAUGCCAGCAAUGUGUUUUAUAUACAAAACUUGUAUGAUUUACUCUUGAAAGUGGCCCCUUUCUCGUUUUCCUCAUACAACGUCAUAUAUAGUCCUUACAGGUUACAAUGUUUUAUAUGUUUCAGGUUACACAGAUUCAGCAAGAAUCUUAUAAUGGUUUCACUGGCAUAUACAAAUCUAUCAGGUUUUUAUAUGACAGUGAAACCAUUACGUAUAAGAGACUUUCAUGAGUUUCAAAUCUUUGUCACCACGUGCUUGUGCACAGUCAGUAUGUUUAGCCUACAAGCGGGGUCAUCCC